AUGAGAUUUCUCCCACCUAUUUUUCGAAUUUUCUCGUUGUGGCUGAUGCUCCUUCUCGGCACACCGGCCACAGGGAUCUCGCUAAACGUCCACGAUAGGCAAUCCCUAAAAGAUGCUGCCAGCACCGCAGCCCGCGGGAUGUUGAGAUACUAUCAUGGCAACGAACCGGGCCAAACCCCCGGAACACUGGAAGGCACUUGGUGGGAAGCGGGUGCGAUGUUCAUGACGCUGGUCCAGUACUGGCGUGUUAGCGGCGAUACCUCCCACAACGCGAUUACUACCCAAGGCCUUCAAUGGCAGGCCGGAGAAGAUCAUGAUUACCUUCCUGCGAACAGUACUGCUUAUCUGGGCAACGACGAUCAGAUGUUCUGGGGGUUGGCCGCAAUAACCUGUGCGGAGACGAAAUAUCCGGAUGUUGAUGACGGCCCAUCGUGGCUGUCCCUUGCCCAGGCUGUCUUUAACUCGCAGAUUCAACGAUGGGAUAUGCAGGAAUGCCACGGUGGACUGCGAUGGCAGAUUCACUCGUGGCUAAAAGGGUAUGACCUCAAGAACACCAUUUCCAAUGGCGGACUGUUCCAGGUGGCCGCCCGCUUGGCCCGGUAUACAGGGGACCAGAAGUAUGCCGACUGGGCGACUAAGAUCUGGGAAUGGAUGGCUAGUAGCCCGCUCCUGGACACGAAGAAGUGGAACGUGGCCGAUACAACAUCAGUCACGGACAACUGUCAGACCAAUGGCAACCAGCAAUGGACAUACAACUACGGGACCCUGUUAAGCGGCGCAGCGUACAUGUACAACUUGACAGAUGGAGACCCUAAAUGGCUAGACGCUGUUAAUGGAUUACUCGACGCCUCCCUUCGAAUCUUCUUCCCUCCGAUGUAUAACAAUGGUACGGUCCUCUCCGAGGUAGCCUGUGAGACGAUAGAGACCUGUAACAGGGACCAGUUGUGUUUCAAGGGCCUCCUGUCCAUCUGGUUGGCCUUCACAGCCACAUUAGUUCCCUCCACCGCGGAGCGGAUUAUCCCCCGACUUCAAGGGUCGGCGGAAGCUGCAGCGAGGCAGUGUUCUGGCGGUCGGGAAGGAACCGAUUGUGGGGUGAGAUGGUACGAGGAUAAGUGGGACGGGAAGAACGGCCUGGAGACGCAGAUGAGCGCGCUCAGUAUCUUUACCGCAAACCUUAUGCUGCAGGGGAAUGAGGAUCCGGUGACUUCCAAGACGGGAGGUUCGAGCAAGAGUGACCCAGAUGCUGGCACGGGCGACCAGUCAAAGAAUAAACAAGAGGCUCCACGUCCUGUUACGACUGGGGACCGGGCGGGCGCUUGGAUCAUGACUCUAGUGAUUGCCGGCGCUUGGAUAGCGAUCAUAACGUGGUUGCUUUGGGAGUCGUAGAGUUCCUUGCCCCAGCGAUCAUGUACACAAUCUCCUCGUGAUGGACUGCUGGAUUAACUAAACCUGAAGAUUAUAUAGAGUGUCCAAGAUUAAGCCUGGGCUAAUGGAAUUAGAAAGACAUUAAAGCAUAAGCACUCCUGUAUAUCGCUGAUUAGGGCUACACAUACGAUUUUUCAGUCUUGACAAAGGGAUC